AAUCAGUUGUUACUCAUUCCAACACAACGGACUGCUGCGACAAGUGCCUUUGAAAAACCAAUGCCGAAUCCGCCACCGAAAGAAGAUACUUGGGCAUUCCAGCCAAUCGGAGCCCCCUUCCCGCCGAGCCCGGUAAAAUGUAUGGGUGAGCAGAAUAUGUACGUGGCUCUGUGGUACAAGCACGGAAAGCCAAUCCAUGGACGUUCGUGGAAUAACGGAGGAGUUGUCGAGUGCUCUUUCCCGUACAAGGAGGCUGAACUGACCACCAAGCAGCAGCUUGAGGGUCAGAUUCAGGUUCUUCAGUACCUUGGAGAUCACAACAACCAAGGUUUCUGGUACGAAUGGAUCAAGUACAAGGAUCGUAUUGAGAAGAUUGACGAUAAACAUCAACUUGUGCGUUGUGGUGAUUCAUUCCCAAUCUUCUGGAAACGUGCUGAAGGAAACCUCCUCGGAUAUGUGGACAACAAGACUGAGGAAGCAUGGUUCUCGUUCAAUGGGAAGGUGAUUAAGCAGCUCGGGCCACAGCUCAACGAGAUGUACAUCAUCACGCGCAACUGCAUCGGAGGACCACCACAUUGCCCAUGUGCUGUGUGCGGAGCUGCUCCACCACCACCAAAGCCAGUGCCACGUGUCGAGAGAGACGAAUGGAUGGACAUUCGUGAGGGAGAUCCAUGGCCGACUCGCCAACUUGUCAAGGCUCUUGACAAGACUCUGGACACCCUUCCAGGAGUCAAUCCAGACCAAUAUGUUGCUCUCUGGUACAUGCAAGGUGAACCUGUUAUGGGUCGUGUCUGGAAUGAAGGAGGAAAGGUGGCUGCCAACUUCUCGUGGUUCAACAACGAGUAUUGCAAGAAUGUUGGAUCUAUCCAGCUUCUCAUCUAUCUUCCGGACAGUGUUCGUGGUUUUGACUAUGGAUGGAUCCCAUUCCCGGAGGCUGCUCAGUUUGGAGACAAAGCUUGGCAUCCAGUUCAUGUCAACAACCACAAGGGAGAUAUCUCCGUUGGAGUUGUUAACGUUGCUGGAGGAAAGCAGAUUCUUGCCAAGGUGGAUGUCCGUAACGAGAAGUAUGGUUAUGGAUACCAAGGAAAGGAGCAUUCUGCAACUGCCAAGAACUGCGCUGAUAACACCAUUGUUCUCUGCCGUAAGGCCAAGGCUGGAUACAAGCUCGACGGAUAAGUACACACCAUAUCAAUCAACUACGGAUGAUACCUUUUUCAUCAAUAUUGAUUAAUAAAUUUGUAUUGUCCGCCACAUCUCCUCGCCAAAAAAUCAACUCCUUCGCUGUAGAAUUGAAAUGAAAAAAAUAUAAAAUUCCAAUACAU